AUGGGACCCGCCGGUGAAGCGGAUGACACUGAGCAAACACAGGAGCCAUUCUCGUCUUCCGAGGAUGAGGCACCUGCCGACCCAGAUUCGGACAUACCUGAUGAGUUGCAAGUCAUCCUCUCAAGCAGCUGUUCUACCCGAUCAUUGGAUGAUACGCUUUCUAUCCCUCAGCCCCCUGAGUCGCCUUUGUCCGAUCACUUGUCUCUACCAGUUACAACAUCGGACUCGAACUCCUCUCCUGGUUCAUUACCAGGCCCUCAUAUGCGUGAGGACGACACUGGCAAGAAGAGCUUCGACUUCACCGGUGAACUUAACCGUCUGAAUCAAGGUGGUGUGCGACUCAGCUUCGUAGAGCAGUUGGAAGAGGCUUUCAAGACACCGCAAGUAUUCCUUUCUGAUUCUGGCUCUGCGUCAGAGUCGCGCGCAAUUUCCCCUGUCUCACUGGACUGGGAGCUCCCCGUGGAACCUAAGGCCAACCUCAAUCGAACUGGGGAGCUGAAUGGAGGCUUCCAGUUUGGCAAGCCAACAACGCCGUUAAACAUCGCCGUUCCCCCAAUGAAGGGACUUCACUCUCGCACAAACACUGAGACGAGUAACUUAAGUGCUCGCGAAAUUGAGCUUCUCGAAGAUUUGGAUGCUUCAAUGGAGCGCUGUAUCUCAUUGGAAUCUGAUACGGAGUCCAAGCGGGAGGCUAGAUUCUCAGUCACAUACUGUGCCUCAUCCCAUAGCGGCCACAGUCGUGGAGAAUCCGUAAUGAGCAUUUCAUCUCUUGGAUCCAUUAUCGAUUCAGGUGUAUCUGAUCCGUUCGGAUACUGGGAUGAAAUAGCUGGUCCUCAAAUCCCAUUGCCCCCUGCUCCGUCGUUAGGUCAUUCCCACAGCGACUCACUAGCAAGCAUCCCUUCAAUGUCCAGUCUCGGCCGAAUCAUCAAGCCUGCAGACGCAAUCCCUUCAGCUACACGACCACUGAUAACGGUCAUUCGCGAAGCAUCUCUCAAGCUACCGACUUCUCUCUGA